AGGGAGGCAUUGCAGCAAACCGGGGUGGUAAGACAGGUGUGCGUUGGUUAACGAUGUACCUUUCCCCGUUCUUACUUAUAGUCCUUUGUGGCAAUGCUGUCGACACGACUACAAUGGGGAAUACUACAUUAUUAUUACAAGAUUUGUUUCAAAAUUAUUCCAUAGACCUCCGACCGGUAGAGGACCAAUCAAAAGCCGUUACUGUGAACAUCAACAUGGAUGUCAUCUCCAUUAACGAUUUUGACGAAGUAGCAGGAACAAUAUCGAUAAAUGUCAUCUUGUAUAUUUCCUGGAAUGACGAAAGUUUGGUAUGGAAUUCUAGUUCGUAUGGAAGUACAACGUCGGUAACGUUCCAUCAGAACAAAAUAUGGCUACCGGAAAUGUUUUUAUGUAACCCGGCAGAUUCAUUUCUUCCAAUUAGUAAUAAACAUUUCAAAGUCUUGGUAACUUCAAACGGUGAUGUGACAUGGAUACCCGGUGCUCUGCUGAUGGCAACGUGUUCGCCAGAUGUUUACAAAUACCCAUUCGACCAACAAACGUGUUCAUUCCAACUGAGCCCGUGGGGAUACUCGAAUCAACAGGUGAAGCUCAAGAUACCUUCUUCUACUCUUCUGUUUACUUAUUUUAAUAUGAAUAGUGAAUGGGAUGUGAAAGCGUCACAUACAGUACUUUGGUCGGGAUCAUUUGAUAUGGCGCAUUUCUAUAUAACUCUCGAGAGGCGUCAUAUGAAUUUCCUGGUGAGUGUUGUCAUGCCUGUCAUCAUGUUGGCCCUUGUGAACCCAUUCGUUUUUAUUCUGCCAUUUAACUCGGGAGAAAGGGCUUCGUAUAGUAUCACAGUGUUACUGGCCUUUACUGUGUAUAUGACGGUGGUGAGUGACAGGAUGCCUGCUUCAUCACAACCAAUGUCUUACAUUUCCUAUUAUCUACUCUCAUUGGUUGGCAUCAGUGUUACCAUAGUAACGGUGAAUAUAUUUCAAAUAAGAAUAUACAGUAAAAACGAUGACGAUGAACCAGUUCCUGAAUGGAUAAAGAAAGUGUACUUCUACACUCAAAACGUGUUUAGAGGCAAAAAAGUAAACACAAGCGAACAACUAGACAGGCCUGCUGGAACCGACAGUAAACCAUACAAUUGGUUAGAUAAUAAGGGCACACAAUUUUUGGAUCAGGACUUUUCAAAGAGAAUUAACAUGCUACCUGUAUCACAAGUGAAAGAAAACCCUACAAUUGACAACGAGCCUAUGAUUCCCGACAAACCACAGGAAUUCAUCACUUGGCACAUGGCGGCGAAAAUCUUUGAUAAAAUGUACUUCGUCUUCUUUUUAUUUGUCACUGUUGUUAUCACUGGUUCAUAUUUCAUCAUUGCAAACUAAAUGAGCGAAAAUGUCAAAAUGAGUUUUAUCAUUGAAUGUUAGUCCGCAGAUAUGUAAAAAAAUCACAGAUAAUUAGCCUUUGUGGUGUAAAUAAGGAUGUCUUAUUAUAUGUUUUAUGUUUGUAAAUGUUAUCAUCCUGUUACAUGUCACAUCGCUAGAUUUUCUUGUAGUUUUGAUAUAUGACAAAUAAAUGUAAUGUGAAAUCA